CCAAACGCAAAAAAUCAGGGUUUCUUAGGAACAAAGAUAAAGAAGAGACAGAACAAAAGCAAAAAGAAAGAUAGCAAAAUUAGGGAUCCUUCCCGGUACCAGCUCCUAACUUCAAGACACAAAUUCUCAAUCGAUUCAAUCGCAAACCGAAAUGGCUCACUGAUCUCCCUGAUCUCUCUCCCUCCCCCAUCUCUCUCUCUCUCUCCCUCUCUCUCUGUGGAUUCAUCCAUGGACGAAUCUUACGCUAACAUUCCCACCAGUCACUUGCCCGGUUCGGUCCCGGCAGUCAUAAGUGAAGAAAAGAAAACCCCUAGUGAUGAGGACUCUGAAGCAAAUAUGCAAAUCUUUCCUCCUAAUAAUGGAGGAGGCGGGGGGCAGGGAUAUCAACCUCUUGGAAAUGCAAAUGGCCUUGAACAGCAAUCAGCAAACAACUGGAAGGGAGUGUUUAGCAUCUCUUCAUAUACUCAAUAUUUCAAUGUAGACACAGACAUCGUGUUGAACAGAUUGAUGAGUUCAUUGGAUCCCAUUAAUGCAGACUUUUUCAGCAAGAUUGACGCUAAUCCUGAUCUCUAUGGACUUGUCUGGAUCACCACCACAUUGGUCUUUGUGAUUGCAUCCCUCGGAAACUGUGCCACUUAUCUGAUGCACAAGCACAGUGACAGUAGUACUUCAUGGAGUUUUGAUGUCAGCUACAUAAAUUUGGCAGCAGGCUCGAUAUAUGGUUAUGCACUAGUUGUGCCAAUGGGAUUUUACUUCUUGCUUCAGUAUGUGGGUUCAAAUUCCAGUCUCAUACGGUUUUGGUGCAUGUGGGGAUACUCACUCUUCAUUUUUAUCCUCAGCUCUGUUCUGUUGGUUAUCCCUGUUGAAUUUAUCCGGUGGCUCAUCAUUCUAGUCAGUGGUGUUGCCUCAGCUACUUUUGUUGCCUCGAAUCUGAGGUCGUACAUAGAGGGGAGGGAUCUCACAGUUGUGUUAGUUGCCGCAUUUGUUUUGCAAAUGGGCUUGGCAUUGUUCAUCAAGAUGUGGUUCUUUGCGUAAACCAUCGGCGCCCUUUUGUUAGUGCAGGACGCAAUAUGUUUGCUCUAUAACAGAAAUUUUGUUUGCCUUGAAUUUGUACUGUCUUGUGUUGUAAGAUGAAGGGACACAGCAGGAUCAAACUGUUUUUAGAAUGUUUGAAGGUUUGAGAGAGAGUAGUGUUUUCCAGUCCUGUUGCCUGCGAAGUGAUGUACAUUCCACAGACCUGUUUCUGGCCUUCCUAUUUCUAGGAGACCCAUAUCCAGUAGACUAUUAACGACUGCUUAUGUUUUUUUUUUUUCAUGGAAGUUGUCUUAAUUCAAAAUUAAGUAAAUUAGGUUUGUGUUUGUACAAAAUUAGAGUUGACACAUUGUAUCUCCUCAUCAUAUUAUUCAGUGCUGGGGAUUUAGCUUUUC